AUGAAAUAUAAUGCUAUGAAAGUGUGGACUGAAUUAAAUAGUGAAUCGUAUCAACAACUACAUCAUGAAUUACUUUAUAGACCAACACGAAGAGAAAAUGAAGCACAACUUCAGACAAGUGCUCAAUUAAUUCCAAAACCAAAGCACUAUGAACAUAAGGAUCAAAUAUAUUUGCAUUACACAUUCGAAAGUGGCUCAUUAAUAAAUUUUAAGAAAGAAUAUCGUCAAAUUUGGGGAAAAUACUAUGUCUAUUCAGGUUCGCGUUUAAAAAGUACAAGACUGAUUAUUGGUACUAUAUUAAAUCGAACAUUACAAAGUCUUUUAAUUCACAAGAAACCAAAACGAGUUAAAUUGACGAAAAUGGAAUCUACAACACAAGCAGCUUUUCGAACAAUUCACCAGCUGUUACCUCAUUAA